AUGAAAAAGCCUGACAAGAUGUAUUAUUUUCUUGUGUUUGACUUUCAGCUGCACUCCAACAUGGACAAAGGCGAUGGUACUGUGAAGUACAUCCUGGCCGGAGACGGGGCAGGAACCCUGUUUUUGAUUGAUGAGAAGUCUGGGGAUAUCCAUGCCACUAAGAGACUGGAUAGGGAGGAGAAAGCAAUGUAUACGCUUCAUGCCAAGGUAGUAGAUAGGAACACCAAUGCUGAGCUGGAACCUGACACCGAAUUCAACAUAAAAAUCCAUGACAUCAAUGACAAUGAGCCAAAGUUUGCAAAGGAAAUCUACUUUGCCAGUGUUCCUGAAAUGUCUGAAGUUGGUACGUCUGUCGUCACGGUAACUGCCACUGAUGCCGAUGAUCAAACGUAUGGGAACAGCGCCAAACUUGUUUAUAGCAUUCUACAGGGACAACCUUAUUUCUCUGUGGACUCUGAAAAUGGCACCAUUAAAACAGCUCUGCCAGGCAUGGACAGAGAAGUAAAGGAAAACUACCAGGUGGUGAUACAGGCUAAAGACAUGGCAGGACAGAUGGGGGGACUGUCAGGGACCACAACAAUCAGCAUCACCCUUUCCGAUGUUAAUGACAGCCCACCACGCUUCGCUAACCAUUCCUUCCGUGUGACUGCAGUGGAGUCAACAGAGAUCGGUGGAGCUAUUGGCAGAAUUAAGGCUGAUGAUCCAGAUGUGGGCCGAAAUGCUGAGAUGGAAUACAGCAUAGUUGGUGGUCAUGAUACAUUCAAUAUCAUUACUGAUCAAACCACACAAGAGGGAGUCAUAAUAAUCAAAAAGGCACUGGAUUAUGAAAGUAAAAGGGACUACGAGUUCAGAGUGGAGGUGAAAAACACCUACUUAGAUGCAAGGUUUAUCCACGGUUUGCAAUUCAAAGACUACGCCACAGUCAAGGUAACAAUAGAGGAUGUGGAUGAGCCGCCUUCUUUUACCAGGAACCCUUACAUCAUCGAGGUGCACGAGGACACGGCUGCUGGCAGCUUCGUCGGCGUGGUGUCAGCCAGGGAUCCCGACGCAGAAAACAAGCCAGUCAAAUAUUCCAUUGAUCGACACACAGAUCUUGAGAGGCUGUUUAACAUCGAUUCUGUAAAUGGAACAAUCACAACUUUGAAGGCACUGGAUAGAGAAUUGUCCAAAUGGCACAACAUCUCUGUGGUGGCCACUGAAAUGAAUAAUCCGCGACAGACAACCCGGGUGCCCGUGUUCAUCAAGGUGUUGGAUGUCAAUGACAAUGCCCCUGAGUUUGCCUCAUCCUAUGACACAUUUGUAUGUGAAAACGUCAAAGCAGGACAGCUGAUUCAGACAAUAAGUGCCAUUGACACAGAUGAGCCCCUUGUUGGACACAAGUUUGUCUUUAGUAUAAGCGCCACCAACCCAAAUUUCACCAUUGUUGACAAGGAAGAUAACACUGCCAAUAUCCUGACGCGAAGGGGGGGUUUCAGUCGGCGCGAGAUGAGCAUGUACUUCCUGCCUGUCGUGAUAUCCGACAACGACUACCCCAUUCAGAGCAGCACCAGUACGCUGAUUGUGCGCGUGUGUGCCUGUGACAGCCGCGGAAACAUGCAGUCGUGCAGCCCUGAGGUCCUGCCAUUCUCAGAUGGUCUCACAACUGGAGCUCUGGUGGCCAUACUGCUCUGUGUCAUCAUUCUCCUCAUGAUCGUGGUGCUGUUUGCUGCCCUGAAGAGACAGAGGAAGAAGGAGCCUCUGAUCAUCUCCAAAGAGGAUGUCAGAGACAACGUUGUCAGUUACAACGAUGAAGGGGGAGGAGAGGAGGACACUCAGGCCUUUGAUAUCGGCACUCUGCGCAACCCAGAGGUGAUGGAUGCUAACAAGCUGCGAAGGGACAUCAUUCCCGAAAUGCUGUUUCCUUUUCGGAGGACAUCGCCUAUUAAGGAUAACACAGAUGUGAGAGACUUCAUAAAUGGGAGGCUUCAGGAGAACGACUCAGACCCCACGGCGCCCCCUUAUGAUUCUCUUGCUACAUAUGCUUAUGAGGGCAGUGGUUCAUUGGCAGAAUCUCUGAGUUCCCUGGAGUCUGCUGCCACCGAGGGGGACCAGGAUUUUGAUUACCUCAGCAACUGGGGACCGCAAUUCAAAAAAUUGGCAGAAAUGUACAUAGGAAGGAGCCCUGACCGAGAGACCUAGAAAAAGCCACGAGUCUCUCUUUUAUCAAACUAUUUCUAAUGUCUGUCUAUCUAGCUAGCUAGUAAGACAGCUACUUGUCUAGUUGGGUAGCUCGCCAGCAAGUCAACUGUCUGCCUACCUGUCUAUUACGCUAUCUGUUUGUCUAGUUUGCUAGCUAGCUCGCUAGUUAACUGGUUGUCUAUUUGACUCACAUACCCGUGUGUAUGGACACACAAGCACAGACACUUAGACAAAAGUCAUUGCAGUCCACACGUGGAACCUGAAAUGGAGACUAAGACUUAAACUGAGCUGUUUAUUUUUUUUCUUCUUUACAUUAAUGAAGUUGCGAUAGAAUCUCGACGUUUUGCUGUCUUUGGUCAUAAUCAGUAAAGAUGCCUUUACAUUUUAGGACUUUUUGUGAACAAUGCUGUGGAAAAUGUGUUUUGUAAUCAACUUGAGAGAUAGUAGUAUUGUAUACUAUCAAUGUUCAGUGGUAUCGACUUGGUUUGGGUGGGGAAAGGGAAGGAGUCAAGCGGCUUUUCAAGCCAGUACCAUUAAAUACUGUAAAUGUAAAAAGUGUUUUUAAUUAUGGAUAUCCUAUAUACUAUUUGCUAUCUUUGUUUGACGAGCAAUGUUCAUGUGAAUGGUUGGUGCAGAUUACUUGUCAAACUGUGAAUUCAUUUUAUCAUAUAGGUGUAACAUAUAUUUGAGAGUGUAUGUUGUAGGGAACUGUCACACACUGAUUUCAUGCUGUUUGAAUGCCGAGUCAUACUGUUUUAUAUUUAUAUUUUUGUACUUAUUUUCUUA